ACUAAGAUGGAUGUGAGGGGGCUGAGGACUGUGAAGGGGAGUGAGGACUGAGUGUGAGGGGACUAAGGACUGUGUGAGGACUGAGAUGGGUGUGAGGGGGCUAAGGACUGUGUGAGGACUGAGAUGGGUGUGAGGGGGCUAAGGACUGUGUGAGGACUGAGAUGGGUGUGAGGGGGCUAAGGACUGUGUGAGGACUGAGAUGGGUGUGAGGGGGCUAAGGACUGUGUGAGGACUGAGAUGGGUGUGAGGGGGCUAAGGACUGUGUGAGGACUGAGAUGGGUGUGAGGGGGCUAAGGACUGUGUGAGGACUGAGAUGGGUGUGAGGGGGCUAAGGACUGUGUGAGGACUGAGAUGGGUGUGAGGGGGCUAAGGACUGUGUGAGGACUGAGAUGGGUGUGAGGGGGCUAAGGACUGUGUGAGGACUGAGAUGGGUGUGAGGGGGCUAAGGACUGUGUGAGGACUGAGAUGGGUGUGAGGGGGCUAAGGACUGUGUGAGGACUGAGCAGGGCGCGAGGAGAGCGGGGCCGUUCCCGCCCCGCCAAUGGCGCGCUGCCGCGGCGGGAGGUGUGUGCUGACCUCACUUCCGGGAUCUGUCACCGGCCGCUCCCCCAGUGUUCCCGAUCCCGCCCCGCCGGCAACCGGGGACGCGGCUGUGCCCGCCCGGCCCCGCGCAGCGCAGUCCGCGGGCCGGCAGCGAUGCACGGUACUGCCCUGGGGGCACCCCCCGCCCUGCCGUGCCCGAGUCCCGCGGGGCUCCGGGGAGGAGGCGGGAGCGCCCGCCCGGGGCUGGUGACGGUCCCGCCUCGCUAACGCAGCGGCGACUUUGCUAAUGACCUGUCCUCUCUUCUCCUCCCCUCCCUCGCUAUUCGCUGCUCCUUAUCUCCCUCGCCCCGCGGUGCGAAGCCCUAGGCGGAGGUAGCCGGCUCGGGGAGAUGCUGUAGCGGCUCCCGCUGCGCGCUCGCUCGGCGCCGGCCGCCAGCGGUGGGGACCGGGCCCAGGGGCUGCGGGACGGGCAGAGCCGGCCCAGCGCUGGAGGGCGGAGAAAGGAUGUCAUCAGCUUUUUAUUGAUGAAGAACCACUUGUUAUCACCAAUGUGCACAUGAAAUGGAAAGGGAACAGAUUCCAGAGAACAACUUCUGUUACCACCUUGCAAGAUGCUGCCUGAAGUGUGUAAAGAAGUUUAAGUGACUGCUCUGCUUGAUCAAAAUGGUGGACACUGAAAACCAGCUCUAUCCCCUUACUCCCUUGGAGGAGGAGGAUAUAGACAGCCCUUUAUCUGGAGAACUCCUACAAGAUAUGGAGAACAUUCAAGACCUCUCCCAGUCUCUAGGUGAUGAUAGUUCUGGUGCUUUAAGCUUAACAGAGUUCCAGUCACUGGGAAAUGGCCCAGGAUCUGAUGGCUCAGUAAUAACAGACACCCUUUCACCAGCAUCCAGUCCUUCAUCCAUUAAUUUUGCCACAGCUGCAGGUAGCAUAGAUGAAUCAUCCAAUGGAGCAUUAAACAUUGAAUGUAGAAUAUGUGGGGAUAAAGCCUCAGGCUACCAUUACGGAGUACAUGCUUGUGAAGGCUGUAAGGGCUUUUUUAGAAGAACAAUUCGUUUAAAACUCAUCUAUGAUAAAUGUGAUCGCAACUGCAAAAUUCAGAAAAAAAAUCGUAAUAAGUGCCAGUACUGUCGUUUUCAAAAGUGCCUUUCAGUUGGAAUGUCACAUAAUGCAAUACGUUUUGGAAGAAUGCCAAGGUCUGAGAAGGCCAAACUGAAAGCAGAAAUUCUAACAGGUGAAAAUUAUGUAGAAGAUUCAGAAAUGGCAGAUCUUAAAUCACUUGCCAAAAGAAUUCAUGAUGCUUACCUGAAAAACUUCAAUAUGAACAAGGUUAAAGCCAGAAUCAUCCUUGCAGGGAAAACCAAUAACAAUCCGCCAUUUGUUAUCCAUGAUAUGGAUACCUUAUGUAUGGCAGAGAAGACCCUGGUGGCAAAAUUGGUAGCAAAUGGGAUUCAGAACAAGGAAGCAGAAGUUCGAAUAUUCCACUGCUGCCAGUGCACGUCUGUAGAAACCGUCACAGAACUUACUGAGUUUGCCAAAUCCAUCCCUGGCUUCUCCAACCUUGACUUGAAUGAUCAAGUGACACUAUUAAAAUACGGAGUUUAUGAAGCCAUAUUUGCCAUGUUGGCGUCUGUGAUGAACAAGGACGGGAUGCUGGUAGCCUAUGGGAACGGUUUUAUAACCCGGGAGUUCCUGAAAAGCCUGAGAAAGCCAUUCUGUGAUAUAAUGGAGCCAAAAUUUGAUUUUGCAAUGAAAUUCAAUGCACUGGAUUUGGAUGAUAGUGAUAUAUCUCUUUUUGUUGCUGCAAUCAUUUGCUGUGGAGAUCGUCCUGGUCUUGUAAAUGUAGGACACAUUGAAAAAAUGCAGGAGAGCAUUGUGCACGUACUGAAACUUCACUUGCAAACCAACCAUCCUGAUGACACCUUCCUCUUCCCAAAACUUCUCCAAAAAAUGGCUGACCUCCGACAGCUUGUCACAGAGCAUGCUCAGCUCGUUCAGAUAAUCAAGAAGACUGAAUCUGAUGCACAUUUACACCCUUUACUACAGGAAAUCUACAGGGAUAUGUAUUAAGGAUUUUUAGUAUUUUUUCCACAAUAUUUAAAGACACAGAAAUACAUAUGGGAGCAAAACUACUUGCACAAUUAUGUGCUGUUCACUCAACCCAGAGCAUGAAAAGUCUAAGACUGGGGAACUGGAGUGUUACACUUCUUUUGGUUUGGGAUCUUUUGCCUUCUUUUGAAAGAGUUCUGCAAAAAAAUUCUGGUCAGAGUGCUCAAUGAAGUGUCUUACAAUGGUUCUUUUAUUUUGAAAAUUGAAGAUUGGUAAGGAAUACAUAUUUGUGGAAUAAAUCAGAAUAUUAAGUAACAGAAAUGAACAAAAUUUUAUUUCCUCUUGGCUUAGUCAUUUUAGAAUUAAUAUAACAAAUUCAGCAAUUUCCCUCCAGGUGUAUGCACAAUCAGAAAGAUGAUGCACUUUUGCCUAAUGGUAAUUACUAAAACCAGCUAACACUUUUUCCUAGUCCAGGUGUAGCAAAUUGCUGAAUAUUACUGUUCAUACACUUCUAAAAGAUUGGAAAGACCUUUGAUCCACUGCUGUUUUAAUUCCAUUAGAUGAUGUGCAGCUUCAUAUAGUUGGCAUACCUUAGGAUUAGCAUGUUUAAAAGACGGUUCUUUUAUGAAACAAAACAAAAUCCAAAUAGUUACCUAAAAUACUGCAGAGCUGCUCCAACAGGUGUUUCUUGAAGAGUAAAUGUGAUAAAGUGAUGGAAUCCUUUUUUUUCAGAAGUAUUUUAAGGAAAUGUGGAAAUGUUCCUGAGGUAAAAUGUCAUAUGCCAUAUAUAUUUUGGAGAACUUGUUAUAGCUCAAGAUGCAGUUUUGAAGUAGAAAUACUGUUUUGAAUUAGCAAGAGUUUUGGAGAGAUCAAAAAAUCUGAUCCCAGCCCAGAAAAAAAAAAGAAUUUCACCUUCAUAGCAUUCUGCUGCAGUGAUAGCUGACUCUGAAAGAAUGAUUAGAUAGGAAAAGCACCUUCUCCCUUGACAAGAUGUAUUGUAGUUGUUUGGACCUGUUUACUCUUCUGAAGAAUACACUGCUUCAUUUUUUCCAAUUAUCCACCUGGAUAUAUUACCUUCUUAGGCCUUGUUGAUAGAAGUGUUUGCUAUGUUGUUUUGUCCUCAGGGAUAAGGUGACAAUAUUACCAAGAACAGUGAUUGUAGGUGUUGGACCGUGUAAUAAUAGGAAAGACAGCACAGAUGAGAGUAAGUCUGUCGUGUUCCUAAGAUAAACUCUGAUUUUUACAAUGGUACCUUAGUCUUGAUGCAAAAUAAGCCAUAAGGAAACGGCCUCACUUCUUUAAGGGCUCUGUCCUCAAAGAGUACUGCCCAGAACUGACAGCUGCAUGCAAGGCACUGCUGUUUCUGUUUCUUUUUGUUUCUUUGAUAUGGUAACUUCACAUUAUUAAUAACUAAUUUUACUUUCUGUUUCAUAGCACCAAGGUCUCAGGAGUCAAUCUGAGCAUUUUCACUACAGUUAAGCUUUCAGUGGCACAGGAGGACACUUUGUAUUUGUUUAAUUGUAGCACAUUUGGAGACACAAGAGUCUUCACUGCAAGAAUUGAGUGAGACUGAUGAAGUAAGAACAUCACACUGUGAUCCUUAUUUCAGUGGCAAUGCUGCCAAUGUUUCUGUCCAGGCCUAUGGACACUGGGUAAAUUACAGGUUUAAAGGCAACUUGGGGUUUAUCUGGGGGAGGGUCAUGAGCAGAGGCUUUAGUGUCAGGUAUAUUUAGUGUAAAAUACUGAAGCAUAGGCCUUACAUUUUGUGACCAUCUAGGGCAGGAUAGAAACAGUAAAUGCAGGUGCACAAAACUUCCUCCGCUUUGCUGUUGCCAACCGGCAGCAGGAAAAACAGGCCUCAAACGCUUCCAUCGAGAGGACCGUUGGCCUUGCCAGGAACCUGUGGGUGAGAAAAGGGCUGACCUUAGUGUCUCAGAGCAGCAGGCAGAGUGCCCUCAGAAACACAGACAGGAUUUCAGCUAAGCUGCUGCUUCAUCCUCCUAAUCAGCCCCAUUGCACCGAGGAGCUGUGGGGUUUAGGCCUACAACAUCCAGCAUGGAAAUAAUUGAUAUGCAAUAUUGCUAAUGCAAAAAAUUGUCAUUCUGGGCUGGCAUACUGAAACUUUAGCAACCAGCUGUUAAGUUUAUCUUCUAAAAAAAUAAAAAAAAAGGUAACUUGAAUUUUUUUUCCCACAAAGCUCAGAUUUUUGCAAAGGGCAAACUUCAAAGUUGUGUUCCAUAGUCUGGGUGUACUGAAGGUCCUCAGGAAAACCAGACACAGUCAGUGUGGCCAAUAACCAUUCUUUCUUCUCCUGUUCUCAAAAGUGGCUAAAACACUUUAGUGAAACCCUUGAAAAACACAGAAAAUUUAAUAAUUUAAAUGUUUAAUAAUAAUAAAACUUAAUAAUUUAAGAAUACUUAAAUUCUCAGCAGAGCUGUAAAGAAUUGAAAACAGUGUAAGACAUAACAUUUAGCUAUCUUAGCAGCUGCUUUUUACAGGGUCCUAUAAUCAGCAUUAGAAAAGCGAAUAUUUUUUUGUUGUUUGAAAACCAGCAAGCAAUAUUUGACUAGUUCCUUGGACACUAAAGUUUUAUUUCUGUUUUAAAUCAAAUUGCAGACCUUUAAUGAGAGGAAAAAAAAAAAAAAAAAAGAACACAUCUCUGAAUUACAAAAAUAUGAACAAGAUGUUAACACAGAGUGGGUUCCAGUGCCUACACUGCUGCCCUGUGCACAUUCCCACAGUCACUUGAAAGAGUGACACAAGGCUGACAGUUUCCUUCCUGAGCAUUAAUGGGCAAAAGAAGUUCUUCAUUUCUACAUUACGCUUUUCAGGAGUUGCAUUUGCUCCUUCAGGAGGUGUCUGCAGCAGGCUUUGGCCAAGCAGAUUUUAACAUUACUCAAUUUGUGUCCUUUAUUAAAGUUUGGAAUCUGAACUAGUCUAUUUCUGAUCUAUUACUUCAGCAUCUGCCCUGUACACAGAUCAUCUAGUAUUUUAAAAUACCCCUUCUAUGGAGGGAAAUAAAGUGAUCAGAUUUUAGGAUUUAAAAUGUAUUAAAAGGUACAGUUUGGAUCAGAUUCUUACCAGCAUAACUUGUUUUACUGUCGUAGCACAGAAGAACUCGGGUUAGCAACCAGGCACCACAAACAGCUUAAGCCAAGAGAGAGCAGAUGGAUAGAGAAAUAUCCUGGGAAAAAAUGGUAUAACAUAAGUUUUCAGCAAACUUACAGCUUUUUUUUUCCCCCAUUUUUGAGGGUUGUUUGGGGAUUAUGUAUUUAUUUAUUGGUGUGCCCUAGGUAUUUUGACAGAGGGAAAGGAAGAAAAGGAAGGGUUUGUGCCCAGUAUUAAAGGAAAUCUGAUGUUCAUUCUUCUCUCCUGAAAUAUUUUCUUUAAACGUGCUGUUUUAAAAAAUCAGUUACUUUGUAUCUUUUUAAAUUUCAAAUCCCACUUUUGUUUAAAACAAAUUGGCACAUCAUAGGAAAGUUUCUGCUUACAGAAACUGCAUCUUUUGUAGCAUUUAAAGAAACCACAUUUUGUAUUUAAUUGCCAUUUCCAUGUGCCUUUGAGCUUUGGUUCAAAGUUGAAGUGUUGCCAGAGAGCAGAGUUUUGCAUUGUUUCUGUCCUGCACAGAUUUCGGAAAUACCAGCGGCUGCACUAAGCCCGUUCUCAUGAGAGAGCUGGCACAAGGCUGCACAUCAAAGAGCUUAUAAUAAGCAUCUAAACAUUUGUUUGUUUAUUCAAACUGCUGAAACUUGGGGAGAUUUAUUCAUCACGAGCGCUGGGGCACAUAUGAUUGAAUUUGAAUUUCCUCUUUAUUUCUAAUGGAAAGCCUGGACAAACUUGGGCAACCACCUCAGGCAGAGCCCCUGAGGAAGAUCCCGCUGUGGCUGCAGAGGAACAGUUUCAACUCUGUCCCUCUCUGAAAAGCUCCCCGUGACUUAGUUGAAAAUCUGCAACUGCAUUUGACAAAUGCAUUUGCAGCUGUUGUGAUACUGUUCAAGCAUAAGGUCUUACAAAUAAUGGUCCUUCCCAGAAACCCCUUGUCCUUUAGGAAAUGUUGAAUCUGGUGGAGUGUGGUAUCUGGUGCUUGCUUAUAUCUGAAGUGCUUUCCUGAUAAUCAGUUGCAUAUAAUUUUUGCAUCUAGGUUUAAUCAGCUUUAUUACCCUUCUUUUACCAGAGAUUUUAUUUAUAUACGGGUUUGAUCUCAGAUUAUUGACAUUGUUAUAUGUUGUGGGAUUUUUUUAAUUUAAAGUAAUAUCAUUUCUUCAUGUUUCAGUUUGUAAAAUACAAGAAUAUAAUUGCAAGGUAUAAACUUUAAAUUAAUUACGGAGAUGCUUAAAAAAAAAUUUGUAAAUUAUUUAAUUUAAAUAUUUGUUACAUACUUUAUCUUGUGAACCCUUUUGUACAGUAAGGAAAUAUUUACUUCUAUGGGCUAAGGAUGAAGAGGGUGAAGUCAAAUUGCUAUUUAUUCCUGUCUGGUCUUUAUUGCUGUAUCAUUUGUAAAGUAUCACAAAUUCUACAAGUUAUCAGUGUUUGGUGUUGACAGUUGUAACAAAAAUUUACAAUACAUUUUCACAUAGAACAUAGACUUCCUUUUAUUUGAUUUUAAUAAAAGCAAGUCUAGUUGAGGAAGAGCUGUAAUCCUAAAAUCAAGGUUUUAACUUGAGUUCACCAAUCCAAAAUGUAGUUCGUAGAACUGAAUUAUCUUUGCUUUGUAGCCUGGUAGCUCGUUUUCCUUUGAAGUCUGAAAAGAGCUAAAAAGCUGCAUUCAGUUCAUGCGCCAGCACUGGUGUUUUUGGAGGAACUGACUCAGGGCUCACUGGCAGUAACAAUGUGUGCUCAGGAUUAUUCCCUGCCACCUGCCCUGACAGCGAGCGGCAGCUUUUAUAGAUGCAUUUUCAAACCCAUGAUUUGGCAGUGCAAAACAAAAUGCUGAAAUGCCAUUAUUGGCUUUCCUAUGGGAGUACAGGAUUAUAAAUAGAAGUGAAUUCAGAGUCUGCUUAUGGGGAUUCUGUGUCUUGUGAUGCAGGUGUGACAGUCUGUGCCUACAGCAUCCUGCUGAGGAAAUGAAAUACAGGGACAAAGGUACCUUUCAAAGGUAUCUACCUUUUAUCUUGCUGUAAUCCAAACACAGCAGUUACCACAAGCACAAGCUGUUACAAAUGCUCUAGCAAUCAUUUGUACUUCCUUUUAUUUGUAACAGAAAAUUUGAUUUCCUCAAAUUGCUGCAACUUGAUAUAUUCACCUGGUUGGUGUCACCACAGAGGUGUGUUGUCUUCUGAGGUGUUUGUGUCAUGUCUGUCCAAGCUCUACUGGAUUCCCAGUGCUCUCCUGCAGCCACUUCCUCCCUCAAUCGUGCUGGCAGUGAGAAACACCGUGUGAAAGGGACUGAUGGAGCCACUACUUUACGCUGUGACACAGACCUGGUGUAACUGAGCCCUCCCGAAGGAAGGCAGGGUGUUUCCUCCUUUCUUUUCUCCAAUGUACUUACAGGGGUUUUUUUAAUCUUUUUUCUGCUUCUGAAGCUGGGGUGUUGUUUUUUUUCUUGAUCUCCUUCACUGAUUGCGUCAGCUGAUCUUGUCAGAUUCCAUUGCAAGGAUGUUUCGGUACAGAAUUCCUAUCGCAAGGACCUCAGUUCCAGAUGAGCUGCCUCUGCCAGGGCAUAGACAGCAUGCAUGAAAGAGACUACUCUGAUUACAGGUUCAAUCUUAAGGAAGGACCGCAAGAUUAAGCAAAAGGUACUUGAAGUUGUUUUUCGGUAUUUUGGUAUAUUUUCUCAGGUUGGAUAUGAAGGUACCAUAAUCCCUAUCAUGGUAAGGACACCAGCCUUAUGCUCAGUGCAUGGAGUUUCAUGGCAUUCUUUAUACUUGAAAUUAGAAACAUUGGGAGGAUGAAAAAUCCUGACCCACCAAAAUAGCAGCAGUACACAAGCAGCAUGUUGCUAUCCUGCUGUGUUGGAGUGCGGUGCCAUCAGUCUGUCUGGAUGUGCUGCAGAGCCGGGCAGAGUUCCCACACCUCAGGGGGUGACACACCCACACACCACGCAGCGCUGCCCACACUGAGUCGCCUGGCCCAUUGCAUGUCCCCACACAGCAUCUCCCCAUGCGACACAGUGCCUUGGCCCUCAGGAGAGGAGGAAGGUUUAUGGAUUUGGUUCCUUCUGUGGUAAUAACCAAUCUAAUCAAUGUUCCAACAGGACACAUUUGCACAAGAACUCUCCCUCAGCAGCUGGACAAAAUCUGUUUUAGGAGCUUCUGGGAUGAGCUGCAUCCUGUGUGGCUCCUGCUGUUUCCUACUUGCUCAGAAUUUUCUUUAGGAAUGCAGCACUACAGCUUAAUUAUGUCAUGAUGUUAAGGCCCCCUCUCACAUCUUAACUGGUCUGUUAGCUGGUAUGACAAAAAAAAGCAGGGUGUUUAAUGCUGCCAAACCCUAAUCACUAGAGCUAAUGAGUGUUUCACUAAAUCAAAAUAUCAAUAUUAAAGAGGAAAAAAAAACCCAACCAGCUCACUGUUUCCAGUCAUUCAUUUUUAGAGAUUUUGGGUUACAUUUAAUUACAGUAAAUACAGAACUUAGAAAGAGCAGACAUUUCUUGCAAGGAAUAGUCAAACCUAAUUCUCAUGGAAUGCUUGUUUCCCAGCAAAACCCACUAAUUCAAGCCAAGUUCCCAAGUUUCUUUCUGUCAGAACAAUGCAAAUGACACUUCCAAGGACAAAUUAAAGCUCUGGUCUCACAGGGAUUUUUAGGAACGAAUAUAUAUCUUACACUUGUGAAUGUAACAGUUACAUUUAGCUAAAUACAAUGACACUUCUCAAAUGUUACCAGCCUACUGAUCUAGGAUGAAAAAACUUGAACUAAACAUUUUUUUCUUUUUUACAUUCUGAUUUUUUUUGUCUUUAAAAAUAAGAGGUUGAAUUCACAGUGUUUGUAUAGAGACUGGUAGGAACCUAUGUGCUUUAAAAAAAGUAAUUCUUUCAGACUGAAUGUAAACCAACUUAAUUUGAAAUACGGUUUUGCCUUAACGGUUGUAAGAAAAAUAAAGUAUUUUUAAAAGUGAA